AUGCAGGACCUGCCGCACCCCUGCGCAGAGCCCACCCUCAGCGAGGGGGAGACUCGGGAUGAGUUCUACCAAUUCCUCGAGACACUGCUCGCCAAGUUGCGUGAGGUGGCCGAUCAGCCGGGCAGCUUGGCGAUCGUUCCCUGUACCCUGGCACGCAGAGACCUGCUGUACCUAAUCAGUGGCUCAAUGCAGCAGCUGCUCGGUGGAUGGCUGCGGCGGAGGGUGUCAACUGCCAGCCUGAGUGACGACUUGGGCCACUGUGUGCUCCUUGUCCUCUACCGCUCCCCACACGCAGAGGAGUUUGUCCUCGGCGUCGUGAACACUGGCGAAGGGCUCCAGUACCACCCCGCCAGCCUGUCGAGGUUGCAGCCGAAUCCCGAGAUGCCUCUGCGACAAUCUCCAUUGAUCCUGACAAGCAUCCCAACAGAACGGGUUUGCAACAGCGCUCUCUGGUACCUCCUCUACCGCCAGAUUCUCCACCCGGAUCCCGAGAAUGGACCGGAGGCCAUGUAUGGUCACCUCCUGCCUUUCCUGAAUGAGAGGCCACUCAGCGCCAGCUCUGCGCCGCAAUGGACUGAGCAGCUCCCAGUGCCCGUGGCCGGCGAUCGAUCCUUUGCCAUCGCCGUUGAGAGGAGUGUCCGAUUUGCUCUGGUCCUCAGUGGCCUGGAGCCUGCCGAUGCCACCUGGUGGAGCAGCGUGGGCUUGCGCCGCGCCCUUGUCGAGUGUAUGCAGGAGGCGCUGGCAGUGCAGGGCCUUCGGGCUCCCGCCCCAGCCGAGUUUGCUUUGCUGCGCGUGGGUGUUUCCUCGCUGGCGCGAGCGGCUGCGCAAAGCACGGCCAGCUCAGAGCACAGCCAGAACAGCUCACAAAGACGGUCCAGGCUGCCAGAGGUGCAGGCGGUGAUCGAGGCGGCCGACCGGAAAGCCAUUGCCCUGGAGCACUCACAGCGGAACUCGCGCUCUGUCCAACCUCCGCAGCUCUGGGAUGACCUCUGGAGCGCUGCCUCCAAGCAAGAUUGCCACUUUGGAGGCUUUGGCCGCAUGCUGUCACAAGACGUGGAAGCGCUCAAGGGGGAGGUCAAGCACGGUGUGCUGAUCCUGCCCGCCCUCCCUGCAGCUUUGCACACCCAGAUCGGCAACUGUACAGAGGCCGCAGAGUGCUGCCGGCUGGUCAGCAGUAUGCUGACCUUGAUGACGAACCAGCGGGACCGGCUGCUUCAAGCAUCUGCGUCAUGUUUUACUCUGGUGGUGCAUUUGGUGUGUAGGUUGAUGCCCAUGCCGCUACCCCUUGAUGAUGACUGCUGGCCCGAAAAAUGCUUUUGGGCCGGGCAGCCUCUCACACUGGAGACCAAGCGAGACCUCUUGCGCAGCUUGCAUUUCAUCUCACGCUACUUCUCUGCGUCUGCUGAAGACCUGCGUGCCACACGAGAGACGGACGGUGCCCGGACAUGUGUGGCUGCUGCUUUGGUUGCGAUGAUGGACGCCUUGCUCCGACGUCCGAUAGACCUGCUCGACAAACGAACAGCUGUCGAAGAGCGACAUGGAGACCUCCUGUCUUUACAUUAUUCGGGUGCUGCGGGUGGAGCCCAAAGCCCUUGCAAGCCAUUCAUCUUGGACUCCAGCACUUUUCGAGAGACGUCUGAAGCCCUCCUUCUACCCCAGCCAGAGCUUGCCCUGCUCAGGGCCCAGGUCCUGGACUACUUCCAGAGUUUGUCCACCUUGGCAAGCUCCCGAGGGUCCAGCGCGAAGCGGCUCUUCCGCCAGCUGACAAGGGUGACUGUAAAGGUCAAGGAAGGAAUCAAGGAAGCCGUCAGGGAAGGAGUCAAGGAGGGCGUCAAGGAAGGAGCCAGGGAAGGUUCCGAGGAGACGCAGCACCUCUUCACGUUUGAGAAGGGCAUGGCUCUCGGCCCGGCUGAUCGUCUUCUUGUUGAACAGCUUGGGCUCAGCAUUGGCUUGGAGGCAGCAGGGGACUCUGCGCACCUCUUGCUGAGCGGCGAGCAGCCCCAGCUGCUGGACUUCUUCCCGGAGUUGGCUUGGUUCCGCGAUGCCGUGUUCCUUUGGAAGGUGCUGCUCCUCCCACCCCCAGACGAAGAGCCCGGCAAGGCCUCGCCUCGUGAGAGCCUUUCGGCAGCCCUGGGGGCGCCCCUGGUGUGGCGUUGGCUCGGCAAAGGCAGGUCAGGACCAGGCCCUGAAGAAGGGACUUUCGUCGUCCAGGGCUUUGAGACUGUGCUGCCCAACACACAAGGCUUCAGCUUCAAGGCUUGGUGGAAGAGCCGGCGCUGGCAAGGGCUCCGUGGCCUCAAGCGCUGGCUCGGUGGGCAGUCGGAGAAUGAGAACUACAACUCCAAGUUCCGGGCUUUGAGCCGUGCAAACCCAAGUCUCCUUGUGGGCUCUGCGGUGGAAACGGAGGAAGAUAUCCUGGCCUUGCAGUCGGUGCCCUGUUUUGGUGGCAGCUUGAAGGCCUCUGAGAGUGAGCUCCUUUUGACCUACCUUGUCGCCCCCUAUGUUCGGGUGCCCUUGGUCCUGAACUUCUUCUCUGACAAGCAGCGCAUGACUUUGCUGCAGGAGCCGCAGCUGCAGGCGGUGCUGGAUGCCGUCCUGUUUGAGCCUGGCCCGUGGUUGACGCAUCAAGCAGCAUUGGCUGGUCCACCAACCAUGAUUCCAGCCAAGAGCAUCUCCUCACCAGCGACUCGGGCGGGUCUCCUUCUGAACGAGCUCCAAUACUCACCAGAGCCGGUGCUGGACUCCGUGCUUCAGCUGCUCCAGUUCGCAUACGAACAAGAUCCUGGCAGGCCGGGCACUGGCAGGGAAGGGCUCAUUCUCUUCAUCCUUCGCCUGGCCGUCCGCGUGGAGUCUCAUGCAAAGCUGGUGCUCCAGCACGCCCGGGGCUCCUCGACGGGAGCCGGCGCGCGGCAGGUGGCGCCACGCCCGGAGAAGCUCGAAGCUUUGGAGGAGCGGGCGAGGCGGCUGAGUGGAGUUCUGCGCAACACGAUCCUGGAGAUGAUGCUGCAGUGGGCCUCCCAGGCCGUGAAACGCAAGCCCCGAAAGCUCGACACGGCCGCUCGGGUUCACGCCCACAUUGCGUUCCUCUUCAAGAACCACCAGCCAGAUUCCGUUCGGGACACGUCCGUGUUCUUGGCUUCCCAGGUUUUUGUGAUCAUGAACAGUUUCAAGCCAUCAGUGCAGCGGACACCCAGCUCCCAAAUGUUGGGGGUUGGAGAGUUCGAGCUGUUUGACGUCUUUGAACGCUGGCGCACGCCUAUAGCAUCAUGGCUUCGAAAUCACCCCAAGGAAGCGGCAAUCACUAUGGAGAACAUUGAGCGGGUUGUUACGUGUAAGGGCACUGCAGACAUCACAGCGCCGGAUGCCAACCGCAUAUGGCACGAGAUGCCACACGAGCCUGGCAACUGGGCUUCCAGACCAGUGCGUGAGAGCAACCACGACAAUGUCGGUGAUGCGAUCGCAGGUGAGUCUUAUCGAGACUGGCUGCUACGGACCUACCACCAAGUCUCCCAGGGUUCCGGUGCCGAAGUCGUGGUGUCCGUCAACCAGGGCCGGUACCACUGCCGCGACGCUGGGCUUCAGCUCUUGCCGGAGCACGUGCUGCAGACGCCGCAUCUGCUCGAGGCCUGUGGGAACAUGGAGCACAUGCAGGUGGUCCUGCGUGAAGAAACUGCGCAUCGAACCUGCUACGAACUGGUGGGGCAGAACUACGAGGUACACUGCUGGGAUGCUGAGAAGCUCAACGAGAAUGGCUGGCCUGAGUGGCUCGACGUACGCGGCCUGCAGACAGUUGGAGACAAGGCGCCGUGGUUGGCAGAGGUCCUGGAUCCUUUGCUGGCGAAGCUGGAAGUAAGUGACAUGACUUUGUACUACCUGGCUUCGAAGCAAGAGAAAGCAGCACACCCGGAUGCCUGGCUUCUGGGCAUUCCCAAGAAAGGAUUCAUCAAAGAGAUCGCCAUCUGGAGGAGCCCGGCAUAUGUGGAGCUUUUCGACCUUGUGAGUCACGGCCGUCACGUCCAUCGGAAGCUGGUCUUCACCUCGGACAUGGUUUGGUCUUUCCACAGCCCAAGCGGUCCGGAGCUGCCAAUGUACUCCAGCCCAAAUGCAGGAUGGAGCUUGUGUAAGGGCUGCGCGCAAGCACCCACGGCACGGGGCUUCACCGUGCGGAUCUUCCGGACAUCCGGAGCCCGCGGCUCUUUGGCGACGAUUGAGAAGCGGCAUGAGUGGCAUGAGAGACAUGAGAGGUGCACAGGAGAUUUUGCAUGGGCGCUGGUGCAAGGUCAGGAGGAGUACAUUCCGCAGGAGAUGAUCCAGGGCUUGCUCCCCGAUGCCCUCCUGGACCGCUACAAGUUCUGGCGCAGCAAGGAGGCCAGUGGCGAGGUGCUGGUCGGCGAGGAGCGGGUGGCGACGGACCAGCCGACCGAGUUGAUCGUGAAGAUGCAUGCGGCGAACAAAAAGUCUCUCAGCAGCAGUAGCGACGUGGCAGUUGUGUGGAUACAUAUGGAUACAGCCGUCUCGCCAUCAAUUCCGGCGCCAUCUUUUCGCUUGCCACUUUUUUCAGAGGCCCAGCUGCCACCUGGGCCCGUUCGAAGCGGCGACUGCGGUGGUGGAGCGGAGAAGGCUGGGCUGGGUGGACACGAGCCGGAGUUCCUGGUCAACGCCAAAUCAGGGAUGUGCGGCUUGACCAUGCUACUCACGCGCCUCGAGAACCUCUCACACAUCUUGGUCUGGAGCCGAAACGCUGAUGGGUCUGGUGGUGUGCAUCGUGUGGAGCUGCCCAGACUGAUGCUUUCCUUUUCCAUGGCGCACGAUCGACUGCACUGUGACCAGCUGGCGGGCUACUGGAUUUUGGAGAGGCCCCAGCUAACCUCCAAUUUGGUUCACCAGCUGCUGGCGCAGUGGGGCGGUGGCACAGUGUUGCUCGAGACAGCCUCUGGCGAUCUCUCGGUGCUGGUUUCGGCGCUCUCCGAGCCCGUGAGGCCCUGGGCGGACGCGCUGAGCCCCGCCGAGCGCUUUCUGCCCGGCCAGCUCGUGCUGCGACGGGGCAAGCCGUCCUGGAUGGCUAACCUCGCCGAAGGCUCUCGAUACUACUUUUAUCCACUGCACCGGUGCGGCAUGAUGGUAUUCACGCCCACGCCAGCUGCCGCACUCUAUCUUCUCCUCUGCCGCUACCUCACCUGGCACUUCCAGGAAGUGGCCGCCAUGGCAAGUGCCAUCUCAGAGGUUUCGGGACCUGAGGAGCGGCAGCUUUGGGAGUGCUUGAGCGUCCUGCAGGGCGAGUGCCAUGCGGACGCUGUGGCGUGCCGGCUGCACCUGACCCUCGCCAGCUUGCCCUUCGGGAAAGACGCGCGGCCACCCUGGGAUGUGCUGAAGCAGCUCAUCGAGUACUCCUCAAAGAGGCAUCUGGUUUCCGCAGCAUGUGCACUGCCUGCUUAUGGAGAGCUGGUGCUCCAGAACUUGCCGGAGGUACUCGGCCAGGUCUCCGUGCCACUACUGGCAACGCGCCGCCAGAUGUUGGAGCAUCUUAUUGCCAGGAGCUUAGCCGAAACUCAUCUUGGCUCCUCUGAGGCUUGCAGGCACUCGGGCACUCAGAAGUCCAUGACGGCGCCCCUGGGACCUCAGCUGGAGGAUGUGGGCUUCGACCGCGUUCCCUACCGGCACGUGCUCGGCGAGGUGGGGCUCUUCCAGCGGAUGGCCUGCUCCAUGCAGGGGCUGACGUACAGUCGGCCCGAGGGAGAGCGGCCGGUGGUGGAGAACUUCGCCGCUUUGCGCUUCUUGGAUGCCUUGUUCGGCCGUGCGGGCGCCCAAACCGGGGCUUUGCUAUCCUUCCGGGGCUCCUUCUUCCUCAUCUACGAGCUCUUCACCGGCACGCUGGAGGUCAAAUUGCUGCCCGAGGACAAGCCCAGCAUCCUCGCCUCGGCCUUGCUGCGCCUGGUGAGCGGUGCGGGGGGCGCGGGCGUGGGCAUCACGCAGAUGGAGAUGGCCGUGCUGCGGUCUUUGGACUCCACACCGGAGGUGCGCGGCGAGAUGCCGCUUUGGGGCUCCGCGGCGGCCAAGCGUGUCUGGCAGGUGGGCGCCCUCAUCAAGCUUGACCACGACUCCUCUUCACGCUUGCUCAAGAAUGCGGUGAAGCAUCUCCGACAGUGCCAGCAGUACCUGCAGCCUGUGAAGCAGUUUGCCGAGUUCGAGAAGGCUGACGGCAAGCUGGUGAUUGAUCCCCAGGACCUCAACCACCGCCGCCAGUGGGCACCGCCACUAACAGAGGAUGUCAAUUGUACCAGCCGUGGCUUCGAAACAAAGGCCCCAAGCAUGUUGUGCUUGGGUACGUGCCCGCUUGCCCAGAUCGUCAGCGACUGCUGUGGACAAGAUCCCUUACAGUCCAAGCGAAGGGAGAACAGCAACAAUGAUGGAAAUGACACGAACGAGACCAAUUGCCACCUACUCAAGUUGUGGCUGCAGAAGCUUUGCGGACCCCAUGCGGAUCCAAACUUCCGCUUUGCAUCCUUACCACCUGCGCAGAGGACGUUGAGCCGCCUGCUGGGCGAGCUGGGCCUCUUCUUGUCAAGCACCACGGCGGAGACGCUGCAAGAGCUGCUGAUCCAGCCAACAUGUCUGGCCAAGCUGGUGGAUGUGCUUCGCAACCAGGGCCAGGAAGACAUGCGCCAGGCCACUCUGAUGGUCACGGAGGUGGUGGAGGAAGCGAACCGCGGCAGCGCUAGGGAUUGGCUCUGGCGGCGCUGCGGCACAGCGGUGCAGCUCAGCUUCAGCAGUUUGGUGGCAGCUCUGAUGGCAUCUGAGCCCAGCUGCAGCGAUGCGCUCUUCAGGGCAAACCAAGAACUCCAGGAGGAGAAGAUGAGAACGGUCUUGGAGAAAGUAGCCCAGUCAUUGGCCCUGGUUGUGCGAGUUGGUCAGGUGACCCGGGCCAUGGAGAAGGCCCUGGAGCUCCAAAGCGCCAUCCGCCGGCGCAGCGAAGCCCUGAUCGUCACUUUGAAGGCCCGGGCCUUGAGCGAGGAGUUGCUGGCACGACGGCACCACAGCCGAGUCAGAGGCCCCUUUGUGCUCUUCGACCCUCGGCUCAUGGUCUUCGAGUUCCUCUUCGAUAUCAUGUUGAGGGAGACCCAGGUGAGGAUCCUGGGAACUAUUCUGCACAGUGCCAAGGCGGGGCAGUCGAUGACUCAUCAGAUGAUCAUGGGAGAUGGCAAGACGACUGUCAUCGCCCCUUUGUUGGCGCUGAUCCUGGCCGAUGGCAAAUCCUUGGUGUGCUCCUGCAUGCCUGCCUGCUUGGCAGAGAUGACGCGGGCAGUUCUAACCAAGUGCUUCUCAUCACCUGUGGCUCCCCGCGCGGUGAUCAUGUUCAAGUUCGGCCGAACCUCACAUGCAGACCGGGCACUCUUCGAGAAGCUUGAGGCUGCCAGGCACGGCAAAGCAAUUGUCGUGGCCGAGCCCACGUCCUUGAAGAGCUUGGUGUUGAGCCUACUUCAGUCACUGAGCCAGCUGGACGAGGCCAUGUCGGGUUCGUCGAAGCGCUGGUGGAAGACAGCGGAUGCGAACAGGACCCGCCUCCUCGAAGCUGAGGCGUACGCCUGCGCCCAGGUCCUGCGCAUGUUCCACCGAAGCGUCUUGCUUCUCGACGAGGUUGACCUGCUACUGGACCCCUUGAAGAGCGAGCUGAACUGGCCAAUGGGAACCAAGCGUCCCAUCGACCUCGUCGACUCCAAAGAAGAUGGAAAAAUGUCCCCCUUGGACAAUCACAGCAGGUGCCUACGCGGAAAGCUGCCUUUCCACCUCCUGGAUGCCGUCUUCGCAGCGACCAAAGCGGCGAUGGAGCUCUCAGAGCCCACGGCGGAGCAGGUGGGAAAGCUCAUGGCCGUUUCCUUCGGGGACCGCCGGGAGGCCGCCCAAUCCCUGCAGGAGCUCGCGGCCGAGCUCAAGGUCGGUUGCGAAGCGCGACAGGUGCGUCUUUCCCCGCACGUGGUGAUCCACUCCCAGAGCUUCUACGAGUCUCACCUCCUGCCGCCGCUGGCCAAGUGGACGGCUCUCUUCUUGGAGUCUCACAACGGUGGUCUGGGGCUUACCGCGGCAGAGCUGCGGCGUGUGCUGCGGCAGCCACGGGACAUGGACGUCGUGGUGGCCCAACAGCUCGGGCGGGAGUCUGGGCCGGCGGCACAGCUCUUCAACCUCUGCUUGCGCUGGCUGCAUUCCUUCCUGCCAUUCUUGCUGAAGAAGGUGCACCGCGUCUCGUAUGGCCUCCUCUCCGCUGAGCAGCUGGCAUCAGAGAAUGCACCUCGCUCUCGGCAACUGCUUGCAGUUCCCUUUGUUGGAAAGGACCAGCCCAGCGAGCAAGCUGAGUUCUCACACCCGGAUGUGGCCAUCGGCUUCAGCGUCCUGGCCUACCGACUCCAGGGUUUGCGAAGUGGUGACCUCGCGGCCCUGAUUGCGUCCCUCCAGGCGGACAUGAAGCUCCAAACUGGGAUAGCCUACCACAAGCGGUUGGCCAACCGCACUUUCGUGAAGCUGAUUGUGAAGGCUGGCGGCCGCGUGCGUGGAUUCUCUGCGGAGGGCGAGUGGCUUGGAGACCGCAAAGGCCUCUCAGGUCUCUCAUUCAACGAGGUGGCAGAGGUUGAGCAAACCUUCCUGCCCUUGGAAUCUGUGGACCUGAACGACAAGGAGCAGAUAGCCCAGCUCUGGGUCCUGCUGCGAGCGGAGCCUUGCGCGGUGGAGCAGUUCCUUCUCUCUGUGCUUCAGCCGGGUGUCGGAACCGUCGACGUCAGCGAUCACCAGCUGACUGCGGCCGCCCAGGACCUGGCCGGGGAGCAGCUCUUCGGGCUCUGCCUCGGCUUUAGCGGGACCCCCAACGACCUUCUGCCGAGCCGCCUGGGCCGCUGCUGCUAUGCCGAGGGCGUAGACGGGCGGAUUUUGGGUACCUUGGCCAACAGCGACGUGGUGAAUGUGGUGGAGGUGGCUGACUGGACACCUCGAACCUUGUUGGAGCUUGCCGCGGGCGUCGAUGGCCCAUGCUUCAAUGCCUUCAUCGAUGUCGGGGCUUCUUGGCACUCGAGUUUGCCAUGA